AUGACUAGCACAUCACAUAGCGAGGUCGACGGCACUACAGAGACAUGCAUCAUCGAUCUGGCUCGAAGAUUGAUCUCCAGCCAAUCUGGCAAGAAUCUUGUCUCUUCCUUCGAGACUCGAACGACCAGCCAGCAGGUACACAAUGACACAUUUUACCUACCGGUCUACCUAUGUGAAACUGUACAGUUGUUCUCAUCAAGAAUGCAACCUGUACGGAUUGAUGCCUUCCAGUAUAGAUGCUAUCGUAUUGCCAUAUGUGAUGAUGAUGCUUGGCGAAGCGCAAGUUUGGCUGAUUACCGGUCGGUGGGUCGGCCUUACGACCAGUCCUAUGCUCCCACCACUGGAACCCCCUCAACUAUGUCAAUCGAUGAACAACGUGUUAAAAGAUUUUUUCGUGGAGAAAAGCGAAAAGCGGAAAAGGCCGUAAAUGUGGCAAAAAAAGAUAUCAAAAGGACCGUGAAUGAUGUAGAAAAUGUUUUUCGACCGCCUUGGUAUAGACGAAUGUGGGAUCGGAUAAAACGCCCGUUCACAAGACGACAAUGA